AAAAAUCGCGAUUUAUUUGAAAGACGAUUGUUGGAUAAUAAAUAAUAAUCUACACAUUUAUGAAAAAAAGAAAUGAUUCUAAUACAUUCUAAUAUAUGUGGAAUAUAUUUUCAUUUUUUCAUGUUAAAAAACUAACUUAAAAAUAAUAUUUAUCUUUGUUAUAUUAAAUUACCAAGUAUUAUUAUGCAUCAAAAUUAUACUAAAGUUUGCCACUUUCUUGUUUUAACCGGACGUCCAUUAAGGGUCCGUCGCUAUGUUGAUGUUAAUGUUGCAUCGGUCUUGCAAGUGUAUGGGAUGAAGAGGGGCAUUUAAAAGCGGACUGAACACUGGUCCACGGCCAGUCCUGCUUAUACAACGAACGAGAAAAUUUCUCUACGAGUGUAAGACUAAAUUUAUAAGAUGCUCGCCACAGCGAUGUUAUUGCUGAUACUCAUAUUACUAUUGGUAUACUUGGAUUGUCAAAAACCAAAAGGAUACCCACCAGGUCCGAGAUGGUGGCCUAUUCUAGGCUGUGCAUUAGAAAUAGCGCGUAUUCGUCAAGAAACUGGAUAUCUCUUCAAAACUUGUUCAGCGCUCUGCAAAAAAUAUGGUCCUGUGGUGGGCUUGAGGAUCGGCCAGGAUCGCAUCAUUAUUCUGAAUGAUCUGGAGAGCAUACGGUCAAUGCUAACUAAUGAAGAUUGUGACGGCAGACCGACCGGACCGUUUUACAAGGCCAGAACUUGGGGCCACAGACUAGGUCUCAUCGUAGUGGAUGACAGACUAUGGGUAGAGCAACGACGAUUUGUCAUGCGACAUUUACGGGAAUUUGGUCUUGGUCGUACUAGUAUGGUUACAAUUAUCGAGGAUGAGGCGUUAAAACUGGUGGAACAUUUCAAAAAGAUGCUUCAAAACGGUUAUAAUUACGAAAUCGCCGAUGUACGAAAAAUAACGAUAAAUAAUAAUAAUAACAAUAUCGGUCAGAUAUACAAGCUGCAGAAAGAUCCGAAGGACAAGCCGAACAAGUCGAAGCUGUAUAAGGAAUUCGAUAUAAUCAAGACUAAGAUCCCUGAACGUAAACCUCGUACAGUGGCGGAUUUGUACAUGAAAGCCGAAGACUACGCGGAAGUUAGAAAAAUCUCCCAAUCUGCGGGAAUGAUUAUAUCUAUGCACGAUGCCUUUGGCGUGACUGUAUUGAACACCCUUUGGAAAAUGAUGGCUGGAAAAAGGUACGAUACUGGCGAUAAAGAACUUACGCACCUACAAAAAAUCCUGACAAAGCUUCUAAAUGAAAUCGACAUAAUCGGUGCACCUUUCAGUCACUUUCCAUUUCUACGUUUUAUCGCGCCGGAAAAGUCCGGUUAUAAAGCAUUCGUAGACACACAUCGAGAACUCUGGGCAUUUUUACAAGAAGAAUUGAACAAUCAUAAAAACACAUUUUUGUCAAAUGCGCCGCGAGAUUUGAUGGACGUCUAUCUGAAUGUGCUAAAUUCAAAAGACUGUAGUGAUACAUUUUCAGAAUCCCAGUUGUUGGCAAUUUGUGUGGAUCUGUUUAUUGCGGGCUCCGAGACAACUUCGAAAGCACUCGGGUUCGGAUUUUUAAAUCUAAUAUUAAAUCCGCAUGUUCAGAGAAAGGCGCAUGAAGAAAUAGAUAGAGUUAUUGGCCGCGAUAGAUUUCCCACGCUGGCUGACAAACCGAGAAUGCCAUACGUUCAAGCCAUCGUUUUGGAAUCCUUAAGAAUAUUUGUGGGCCGCACUUUGAAUGUCCCACAUAGAGCGAUAAGAGACACUACUAUUGCAGGCCAUAGGAUACCAAAAGACACAAUGCUCGUUGUAAAUUACAACAGAAUAAUCAUGAAUGAGUCCUGGGACAAUCCAGAAGAUUUUCGACCAGAGAGAUUUCUUGAUAACGACGGCAAUAUCAUUACACCAGAAGAAUAUUUUCCUUUUGGCAUGGGCAGACACCGUUGUAUGGGAGAAAUAUUAGCUAGAAGCAAUAUUUUCAUUAUAACGGCCUCGUUGCUACAAGCAUUCAACUUUUCGACGGUGCCCGGCGAAGCACGACCAACCACGCAAGAUUUUGUGGAUGGUGUCACGGCUGGUCCAAAACCAUAUAGAGCAUUGGUUUCUCUGAGAACGUAAAUUAAAUACCUGACAUAAUGAAUGGUCAUCUUAUCUUAUUUUUAAUUCAAACUCAAUGCUAUUCUAAACAUAUAUAUAGAUAUUAACAAUAGGAUUAUUGUUUUUUUAUAUUUUCCAGUUUAUGCAUCUCAGACUGCAAGAUAAAAUGUAUGUAUAAUAUAUCGUUUUUGAUGUAUGUUUGUCACAAAAAUAUAUUUUUAUUAUAAUCGAUAUAUGUAUAGGAGUAUACAGAGACAGUAUAUAUACACAUAUAAAGAAAGCUACGCGAAAUAAAUAAUUAUUCGUACAUUAGAAGAAUAUAGUCUUCAUAUCACCGCUCGUUUUGUCGAACAAGCCUUUGAAUCAACAUUCUCACGUCGCGCGUUUGACAAUAAUAUAACAAUGUGAAGGAUUCACAUUUACUUGAAUGUGAAAUCUUUGUGUAUGUACGAAAGAUUUACACGCGAGUGAAAUUAGUAGCGAACAUCGAGAGCGAAUCGAAACACGUGGACAACAGGUACAGAUCAGUUAAUUUCUCAAACUAAAACAUGAUCUUACAGAAAGCAAGAAAAACACUUAUGCUGUAUAAUUCCAAACUCGACACAAUGUGCCAUUGUAUAUACUAAAAAAUCGGAUAUUUACAAAAAUGUAAACAUCGGAGGCAAUUUCAUUACAUUACGAUCUGAUUUUUGCAUUUUAACACCAUGUACUAAAAAAGGGAUUCAUAUAAAAUGUACGACCGAAAAUCUGAAAGUCGGCUUCAAUCUCAUGUUAAACAUAUUUGUUAAAACAUAUUUAUCUCUUUGUAAUGGACGGCAUUAAAUUAAUAAACUAAUGUACUCAAUAUACAUAUAACACAUGACAGAAAAA